UGGGUCCAGUCCUGGCUGGCUUCUCUCAGGGCCCGGGAACCCCUGGGGCCCCGUCCUUGUUCCCAAGACCAAGGCAGCCAGCACAUCUGUCCACAAUGAACGUUGUCCUCUCGAGGGACAGCCAGGUGCAGGCGAUGGAGCACACCAUCGCCAACACCGAGAAGUACUUUGGGCAGUUCUGCUCGCUGCUGGCGUCCUACACGCGCAAGACGGCCCGGCUGCGUGACAAGGCGGACCAGCUGGUCAAGCAGCUGAUCGACUUUGCCAACACCGAGAACCCGGAGCUACGGGCCACCCUGCGCAACUUUGCGGAGGACCUGGCCAAAGUGCAGGAUUACCGGCAGGCCGAGGUUGAGAGGCUUGAGGCCAAGGUUGUCAGUCCACUCAAGCUCUACGGUGCACAAAUAAAGCAGACCCAGGCGGACAUCAAGAAAUGCAAACGUGUCCAAAAUAAAGAGAUCAAGCAGUUGGAAAAGCUGGAGAAACUGAGGCAGAGGUCACCCUCGGAUCGGCAAAUGAUCAGCCAGGCGGAGACCAGUGCACAGAGGGCCUCAGUGGACACCAACCGCACUACCCGCCACUUGGCAGAGACCGUGGCUGCCUUCCAAGAACAGAAGCUGAAGGACCUCGGGAGAAUCUUUUCUGACUUUGUGACCAUCGAGAUGGUCUUCCAUGCCAAGGCAGUAGAGGUGUAUUCCAGCGCCUUCCAGACCCUGGAGAACUAUGACCUGGAGAGGGACCUACAGGAUUUCAGAGCCAAGAUGCAUGGAGUUUUUGGACAUGGAGAGGCUCAGCGGCUCACAGACACCAGCUCCUCCCUAUCUGUCCCCUGGCCUCUGGCCAGUCAGGUAAGCACUUCCACCUGUGCAAGCACCAUGAGGAGCCCAAGAGGAGGAGAGGAGAGUGAGGCUGACUCUGUGGAGGAGAUCCCCCUGGAGGACCUCGGGGGACAGCGCCAGGGAUGCCGCGACUAGGUGGAGGGCUUGACUGGCCUGAACCUCAGGGCCUCGCUUUCCUAUCUACACAGUAGGUCACUCUGCAGAUGGGUGUUCCUGGUGUCAGUAAAUAACAUGUGACUCUGCAUCAGAUCUGGGCUGUUUCCUGUCUUCAUCUGGUGACAGGAGUGUCCAAAGGUGUGUUAAAGCUAAGAGCAUGGGGGGCUAGUUUCCGGGGUCUCCAGGUUAAGUGCCACCAACUGGGGGUUUAGAGCAGCAGAAACGCAGUCCUUGGCUGGAGGCCAGAAGACGGGGUUUGGGGUCAGAGGGCCAUUUCCUCCUGAGGCGGGCAGGGGCUGCCCUGGCCUGUGCCCGGUAUGUGUUGAGGCUCAUGUUCAUGUUUGUGGCUGCACUGCCAAUGUCUGCUUCCAACUCCACAUGGUGUCCUCCCCAUGUGCAUCAGAGCCCGUGUCCCGAUGUCCCCUUUCAUAAGAUCAGGGCCCUUGCUCUGUGUGACUGACUCCCAGCCCCUCUGCAAGGGCCAUUUCCAGCCUCUACACACCAGGACUUAGCUCUUCUGGAUAUAAACUUGAGGCACGGACACUGAGCUUAGUCAUGAUACACAGACAUAAAUAAUAUGAUAGGGUGACUGAGGGGCUAUGAUACACAGAGGCUCACAAUGGGGAGGAAGGAGAGGAGGAGGUGCCCCAGGAGCACGUGUGGGUUAAGUCUUUGGCAUAUCCUCCAGGGUAGCUGGAGGAUCUGUUCCCCAGGGAGACUGAGGCCCUCAUGAGCACCCCAUGGGUCUAGACUUGGAUUCUGCACCCUUGUACUGUGGGUGUCUGUCCCAAGCACUGUGCAUAGUGGCCUCCUCUGAUGGGUUCACUUCUGCACCGGAGGCACAAGACUGGGUUGGACAGUAAUGGGCACAACUCUGCCAUCUGGAAAGCCAUCUGCACCUUCCAAAUCUGAUUCCACCAGCGUGGGGCUGAGGCAGGUAGCUGUCUCCUUCCUCCUGUAGGAGGAAGAACGGGCUCCUGGGACUUGGCAAAAGGUGUGUUGUGGAAGGUGGGACUGCACCUGUGCCCCAUCUGCCUGCCCAUGCUCCUGAGGGUCUCUGUGCUCUGGGUCCUUGGAGGUCACCUCUGAAGUCAACACUUCCCCUGCUGAAACUCUCGUGACCCCUGGGAAGAGUCCAGAUGUGUUCCCUUUAGCCCGGUCCUCCCUCUACACUUGGCUGAGGGAGGCAGGCAGUAGGGUGCAGAGGGCAAGCCUCAUGUUCCUGAGAUAGGGACAGUGCACUGGUCCUCAUGUGACUGGCAGGGAGUCCCCAGAGCUUAGUCACCUCCGCCAGAGCCCUGCUGGGGUCAGAAGCAAGCAGGCCUGGCAUCUCCUCCUCGUCCGUGGAACCCAGUUGGAAAGAACAGAUGGACUGAUAAGGACUGCUGCCUCCGGCACCAUGGUCAGAGCCAUCUCAGCUCCCGGGUGAAGAGGUCGGCUGUUUCCACUCAGACAGGCUGCAGGAUCAAGGGGCCUUUGGCUAAAGUACAAGGCAUCCCAGUGCCCAGGAAGGGACCCAGUCCAGGAAGACCCUUUUUUCUCCAAUACUGAACACUGUGGGGUCAAGCUGCUGACCACCACCGUCCUCAGGUGUGCCCUCUCCCAGCCUCUGAAUCUCACAUCUAUUUCUGCAAAGUUACUGAUGUGACUGUGCAUCCUGUGAAGUCCUCACAGAGAUG